UGUUGUUAGUGUCAAUAAUAAAUACAAAAUUUUUUUGGGAAAUUGCCUUCGUGGCGAAUCUCCUAAAACAUCGAAACUUUUGCUAUCCUUUCAAUUUGUGGAUUAACAGAAUCACCGAGGCUAAUUAUUAUUAUGAAGAUAGACGAAGAUGAAGCUUCUAAUAGUGUCAAAACGUCUAUUGAAGCCCACCGAACAGAUGUUCUGAAAGCAGUGAUCGACACAAUAAAAAAAGAUUGGGAUGAAAAGGAAUUUCUAAAAUUUUUAAACUAUUCAAGAGAAGAUGGAACAUUUCUCCAUUUAGUUACAAAGAACAAUCAAUCAGAUAUGGUUAGACUUUUGUUAAACUACGGAGCAGAUCCUACAGUUGUUAACACUAAGGGUGAAAAGCCUUUAUCUGCCAUUGCCGACAAACACACCAGGUCUGCAUACAAGGAUGCAUUAUUUGCUUCUAUCGCCAGCCAUGAUAUGGGAAUGAUGGAAAAGUUGUAUUACUCAGCCAUUGAAACAGAUAUUAGAGAUAAUUCUGAAAAAUUAAACACCCUUCUGCAUUGGGCAGUUUCUUUUUCAAAUAAAGAAGCAAUACAUUUUCUCACAGAACAAGGAACCAUAUUGGAUUGUGCUAAUGGAAAAGGACUCACUCCAUUGCAUGAAGCUGUUCAAGCAGGAAAUUAUGAUAUUGUUAAUCUACUCAUAAAAAUGGGCGCGGAUGUAAAUUUUCUCGUUCAAGGAACUAGCCAUUUAAAAGGGAAAUCUGCCAUAGACUUGGCUGUUCCCGAUUCACCGCUAACAGAUCUUCUUGCUCGCUCCAGUAAAGAAAAUAGCAUGUCCCCUAAAGCUCCAAUGGAGAUAAAUGGGAAUGUUAAUGGUAAUAUUCAACAAAGUUAUCGAGUUGGGCCUGCCGGGCCUGCCUCACCUGGAACCGAGAGUGCGCUUAGUGUCGAUGAGAUUGCCACUUCCUUGCCUUUUAUACGCACACCAAUACGCCCAGUGAUUACAGAUGCUCGACUACAUUGGCUUUGGCCUCCACCAAAACAAAUACAACAAUUGGAAGGUCAACCGUUCCAAAUUCACCAGUCAUGGAACAUAUCUUUCGUCGCCUGUUCUAUUCCGUUACACGAUAUACUUGAUAUCUGGGAUGUGCACAAACCUCAACUUGCUUUACUCGGAAUCGAUCCUACGAUCGGUAAUGUGAAGCCCAAUAACACAGAAGUGACCGAAGAUAACGAGAAUAAAUUGACAUGUUGUGUCAAGUCUCAACUGUUUCCUAGUAGCGAAUCUUAUCGAUUAACAAUUUCACCUACUAAAAUAUCCAUCAUUUCAUCCGACCGACAAGGACUGCAUUACGCUUUGAGUACUCUAGAACAGCUUAUCGUGCUGUGUUUUGAUGAUGGUCAGUUACCCCCACUCCACAUCGAGGAUAGUCCCUCGCUGCGGAUGCGUGCAGUUCUGCUUGAUGUCAGUUCGGCCGGCCGCGUCCCACUUCUCGACUCGCUAUUUUCAAUGAUUGAUAUUUGGCGUUCUAUGAAACUCAAUCAAAUCCAUCUCUACAGUCGAGUCAACACCUCCGGAGGCUCACAAUGGCCUUGGCCCUACACCAAAAUUGAAAUUAUCAGCCUGGAUCGUUAUUGCACGGACCGAGGAAUGGAACUAGUACCAGCCCUGGAUGUGGAAGGAGAUUAUAAAGAACCACGCGUGCUACAAGAAUUGGUCGUCACCUCCCAAGCGUGCUUUCCAUCCACCAAGCUUUUUCAUGCUGGUCCUGGCUUAACAACUCUUCUUGCCGAAGCAAACUAUGAAUUACUGAAUGGUAGUUCACCCGAUAUAACAUGGCUUUUGUGUGCAAAUAGCUUGAGAGAGAAGCAAAUUCAACCAAUCCUCAACUUUGGCCAUAUCUUGGUUGAGUAUGGGUUCCAGGCAGAUUAUAAUUUCCACGAAAAAUCCAAGUCGGCGUGGGAAAGUUCGGCUGCCUUGUGUUUCUGUGCCGGAACUGCUUCAUGGGAUAGUGUAAUAGGUUACCCAGAUGCAGCUUCAGCCAAUAUUCUUCAUGCAGUGCAUGCUGCUGUAGAAAGAGGAGCAUUGGGAUCGUUUGUAGCAACAUGGACUGAUUCGGUGGCCUUAGGAUCGUUACAUUUUGCUUGGCCAGGUUGGAUUUUACAGGCUGGCUUGGCUUGGAAUCAUUCCAUCCAUUGGGACUACAUUCAAAAUUCCAUGGGCGAACUUGUUUCACUGUGGGUUUUGAAUGAACCACUCGACAAACGUUUUUCAGUCGGAGUAGCAAUUGUCGAGAUGGGGCGAUUAGAAACUUGGCUUCUUCGUCACGCUCGUGGAGAACUUGAUCUUCCCAAUGCAUUUGAUUCUGCCACCAUCCCGCCUUCUUUACCCCCAAAGGAAGGAUCUGUUCACUACCGCUUGCUUUUAGAUCCCGACAGUGUUAAUGUAGAUAACCUCAAUAUGGAAUGCGUUGUGCGAACUAUUCGCCACACAAAAAAAUGGCACAAACUGCUUACUGAAGCAACCGUUGUUACAGAAGGUCGUCAUUAUUUCAUGAAGACAAUCGCUGUUCAAGCCCUUCUCUCUGCCGAUUUCCUUCUCCUGGCUUGUCGUAUUUUGAGGGGAAUUCUCACCAUUGGGAGCAACCCAAAUAGCAAUAUGGGUGUGGCUGCCAUCAAUUUGGGUGUCGCUAACCUAACGCCAACUUUACGAACAGAUGCAGCUAACAAAAUGCUUAGUCUAACCGAGCGUUUUCAACAGCUGUGGGUACAGCAAUAUCAGAACCCCUCUAAUGGAUUAAAUAAUAUAAUUGGAGCACUAAACACGUCGAUUCAACGGCUUUUGGCUAACGUCGAUACAUCAGAUUUGUAGAAUGUUGAUUAUAGAUUUUUAAAAAUCAUUCCAUCUGCAAUCAACUAUUAGCGCAUUCCACAGUGGAACUGAUUUCGAAGGGACAGUAUUAUUCUUUAAUUUUGAAUCAUUGUUUAUUUUUUUAUUGCAAAUGUGUUUUUUGCAAUUUACGCUAUUGUUAAUUACAAGCUAAAAAUGAAAUUAUAUUCAGGAGGUGGUUAAAUAAACUUCAUAUUUAUCGAA